AUGGGGAGCCCGGCGGGCGCUCCCGCCAAGCGCGCGCGGUGCGAGGAGCCCCGCAGCCCCGGCAGCGACCCGCGGCUGUGGGACACGGAGCGGCUCUGCCAGCACCUCGCCCGCUGCGGCGUGGGCGAUCCCGGCCUGCUGCGCCGCUUGCGAGAGAGCGGGGUCACCGGGAGAAUGCUGCUGGACCUGCCGGCCUGCGCCCCCGAGCUCAUCCGCGUCUGCUGCCCAGCUGAGCGACUGGAAGUGCUGGCGUGCCUGACACAGAUGCAGCAGCAGCACAUGGAGGUGAUGAAGGUUUUUAAUGAUCCUAUCCAUGGGCACAUUGAGUUGCAUCCCCUGCUGGUUCGGAUCAUCGACACCCCUCAGUUCCAGCGCCUGCGCUACAUCAAGCAGCUGGGCGGGACGUACUUUGUGUUUCCAGGGGCCUCUCACAACCGCUUUGAGCACUCCCUGGGGGUUGGCUACCUUGCAGGAUGUCUGGUUCGUGCACUGAAGGAGAGACAGCCAGACCUGGGUAUAACUGAGCGAGACAUCCUCUGUGUAGAAAUUGCUGGGCUUUGUCAUGAUUUGGGUCAUGGGCCAUUUUCACACAUGUUUGAUGGAAGAUUUAUUCCACUUACUCGUCCAGAUUUGAAUUGGAAGCAUGAAACUUCUUCUGUUCAAAUGUUUGAGCACUUGGUCACUUCCAAUAAACUAGAAGAAGUCAUGAGGUCCUAUGGUCUUGUCCUGGAAGAAGAUCUGUUGUUCAUCAAGGAGCAAAUAGGAGGGCCCAUAGAUGAAACUGCCUGUGUGAAAUCGUGGCCCUACCGUGGUCGACCAAAGGAGAAAAGUUUCCUCUAUGAGAUUGUAGCUAAUAAGAAAAAUGGCAUUGACGUUGACAAGUGGGAUUAUUUUGCAAGGGAUUGCCAUCACCUGGGAAUCCCCAAUAACUUUGACUAUAAGCGAUUGCUUAUCUUCACCCGGGUGUGUGAAGUGGGGACCCAGAAGCACAUCUGCCCCCGUGACAAGGAAGUUGGAAAUUUGUAUGAGAUGUUCCACACCCGGAAUUGCCUGCACCGGAGAGCAUACCAGCAUAAGACUGGCAACAUCAUUGAAAUAAUGAUAACAGAAGCCUUUCAAAAAGCAGACAAAUAUUUUGAAAUAAGAGGCUCUGAAGGAAAAGUGUAUCGGAUUUCUACAGCAAUGGAGGACAUGGAAGCCUACACUAAACUAACUGACUGUGUCUACCUGGAAAUUCUGCACUCAAGUAAUCCAGAACUGGAGGAGGCACGAGAAAUUUUGCGUAAAAUAGAACGACGCGAAUUAUACAAGUUUUUAGGAGAGACUCGACCUGAAUCAAAGAAGGAAAUUAUAAAGAGUAACAGCCUGGCAGAAAGCAUUGCUAAUUCCAAGCCAGAGAAGGACCCUCCAGAUGUGGAGCUAAAGGCUGAGAAUUUCAUAGUUGAUGUUAUCAGCAUGGAUUAUGGAAUGAAGGAACAGAAUCCAAUUGAUAAGGUUCACUUCUAUUGCAAGGCUGAUCCUUCCAAGGCAGUUAAAAUCAGUAAAGAACAGGUUUCAAAGCUUUUACCCAAAAUAUUUAUGGAGCAGGUUGUCCGGGUGUAUUACAAAAGUCAGGACCCACGUAUUAUCUCAGCUGCAAAACAAUACUUUGUUCAGUGGUGCAUGCAGAAUGAUUUCACCAAACCACAGGAUGGUGAUGUUGUUGCUCCUCAUCUAACUCCAAUGAAGGAAACCUGGAAUAAGAUGACAGAUGAUGAACACAGGAGAGCCUCAGAACCCAGCUGCAAACAAAGGCUUUCUUUUGAUAAGUAACAGGUUUCUUUUUGGUGCUGUUCAGUCUCCUUCCUCAGAAGCUGAGUAAAUUUGAGCAUCAACUUUUCUAAAAGCUGGUUGGACAGCCUGGAAUAAUUCACAGAACAAUGCAGAAUGUAUUUUGCAAUACAGAAUGUUUUAAUGUAGAUACUUAAAGUGCAUCUUCCAGAUGGACUUCUAAACACCAAUUUAUUACAACAGAGUAAACUCAGUUCUCAUUGAUUUUUUAAAUGUAGUGGCACUGUGUAGCAGGAGUAACUUUAAAAAUUGCAAUUCAUUGUUAUUACAAGAUUUUACUACUCCAUCCAGUCCUGGUCCCUUCCUCAUGCAUGACUUAGCAGGAAAAAUCCCAAGCCAGGUUUGAUGGGGUUUUUGGGGGGGUUGGGGUUUUCUUAGUGUCUGAGGAGGAGAGGGAUAAGUAUGCUUCUGAAAAUACAGUGAGGUAAAGAAGAAAUUACCACAGGUGUCAUCUUCAAAAUUAGCAAAAUUAAUUUAAUUAAAAAAAAAAAAAAAGGGAGGGAGAGGGGAAUCUUUUGAUAAUCAAAGAUUAAAUUUCUGGUAUUCAAAAAGCUGGUGCAAGCCUCUUGCUACAAGUGACCACAAUUUUUAUUGCAGUAACAAUGCAUUGCACUGCCAUGCAGCCUUUUAUUGUUUUAUUGUGUAUUUUUGAUACAUAGAAUGUUAUAUUUUUUACUGUCUGUCCUGCAAAGACUGCUCUAAAGGCCAGUGGUGUGAGUAGCUGCAGGAAGGCCAAGCUGCCCAGGUGUUUGCCAGGGCUCAGGUGUGCAGAGAGGGCAGUG